AUGACAGAGGGAGAGAAACAGCAGAGCGCUGGCGGCGCCAAUGCCGCACCACAACACAGGAAGGGGCACAGGAGACAAGAGUCCAUGUACGCUAUGACGGGUCUGUAUGCGGAGUCUGGUUGUGCGGAAGGCGAUGCCGGGCCCAGUGUACCCCCACCAGCGCACCCUCGAGAUACCACCAAAUGUCACAGCAGAAACCCCUCGGCUGGUAUAUGCGACAGAGACCGCGAACGAGAAAAAGAGAAAGAGAAACCCCACCAAAUGUUUCCAGAAAUUUUAGACAUUCCUCAUGAUUCAAGAGACUGCGGUAUUCUAUCGUGGAGGCCGCUAUUUAUUCAGAGAUUUUCUAGUAUUAAAGUAUUCGUAUUUUUCCUUUCGUUCCUAGUAACGCUGCAGCAAGCGUUAAGCUCGGGCUACAUAAACUCUGUGAUUACAACCAUCGAGAAACGUUUCGAGAUACCCUCCAGCCUCUCGGGGCUCAUAGCGAGCAGUUACGAGAUUGGCAACGUCAUUACCGUCAUAUUCGUGUCAUACCUCGGCAGUAGACGACACAUUCCAGUAUGGAUUGCAGUCGGUGCCGUAAUUAUGGGCAUCGGCUCGUUGGUUUUCGUCGUGCCGCAUUUUAUAGCGGAAGCCAACAGCGAAAUGAUGAUGAAUAAUAAGUCGGAUGAGAACAUCUGUCGUCUGCCACGAGCCUUGGAACAGGACAUGAGCGGAUUGGGAAGAUUGUCCCCUGGUUUGCCGCCGAGCAAUCUAAGGCCAGAAAACUGUAUCAAGAGUUCGCCCAGCACGUUUGUACCAGUGAUGGUAUUCGUGGUAGCUCAACUGCUGUUGGGUUGCGGCGGCUCCCCACUACUGACCCUCGGCACGACGUACGUGGACGAUCACGUGCGACCUGAAUCAUCCAGCAUGUAUAUCGGAUGUAUGUAUAGUAUGGCUGCUUUCGGUCCAGUUUUGGGAUUUCUUCUUGGCGCCUAUCUUCUUCAAUUCCAUAUGGACUCAUUUUCCGGCACUAUCAUACCGUUAGAUCCGGGCGACCAUAGGUGGGUAGGUAUGUGGUGGGGAGGUUUCCUACUAUGUGGUCUUCUACUCAUACUCGUGGCGAUUCCUUUCUUCUCGUUCCCAAAAGUUUUGGUCCGCGAAAAAGAAAAGAUUCGUCUCGUUGAGAAAGCAGCCGCUGCGAGCGGUUCGUCGACUUCAAAACCGCCGCCGAAACCACAGUCAAAUAUCAAAGACACUGGCUAUGGUAAAGAUAUCAAAGACAUUCCCGUAUCAAUGUGGCGUCUUCUCAAGAACCCGGUGUACGUAGUCACGUGUCUAGGAGCGUGCAUGGAACUCAUGAUAGUGUCCGGCUUCGUUGUGUUCCUACCUAAAUACCUAGAAACACAGUUCAGCCUCGGCAAGAGCCAGGCGAGCGUUUUUACCGGUCAGUAA